UCUGCUGUGCACUCUCUAGGUCUCCAGGUUGACCUGGAAAAUAAACUGUUUGGACAGCACAUUGCGUCGCGCAUCAUCCUGCAAGCUGUGAACGAAUUCAUGACCAACGACAACCCGAAGAAGCCCCUGGUGCUCUCUCUGCACGGAUUGUCCGGCACAGGGAAGAACUUUGUCAGUCAGCUGAUUGCUGAUAACAUUUACAAAAAGGGAAUGGACAGCAGCUUUGUUCAUAUUUUCAAUUCUAUAAUUCACUUCCCACAUUCCAGUCUUUUUGACACCUACAAGUCUCAGCUACAGCAGUGGAUCAAAGGCAAUAUCAGUAACUGUGCACAGUCCAUGUUCAUCUUUGAUGAGAUAGACAAGAUGCAUCCCGGCUUGAUUGACAGCAUAAAGCCGUAUCUGGACUACAACAACAAGCUGGAUGGAGUUUCUUAUCGGAAAGCCAUCUUCAUCUUCCUCAGUAAUGCUGGAGGGGAGAUCAUCGCACAGAAGGCUUUAGACUUCUGGAAAGCAGGACGAGAUCGUGAAGAGAUCGAGCUGAAAGACCUGGAAAAAUUGAUCUCUCUAGCAGUGUUCAACAAGAACGGUGGCUUGUCGUAUACGAGUUUGAUUGACAAUAACCUGGUGGACGUUUUCGUCCCGUUUCUGCCCCUGGAGUACCGACACGUCGUCCAGUGUGCCAAGGCCGAGAUGAAAGCUAGAGGACUUUGGCCAGACCACAGUGUGGCAGACCGGCUGGCGAAAGAUUUGAUCUAUUUUCCCGAAUCUGAGAGAGUUUUCUCUUCAAAAGGCUGCAAGACGAUAGAAAAGAAGCUGAAAUUCUACUUAUAA